AUGCUGCUCUCGGCUUAUAAGGAGGUGAGGCAGUACUAUGAUGCUGGUGCCUACGAUGCCUCCAUUGAUCGAGGCGUGAAAGAUUCAGUACAGAGCAGUGGCGCUGCUACGUUGGUGGGAGGACUCCUUAUGGACCUGCUAGCGGCCUCUGGACAUGCCUCGCUAGCUGGCAUACAGUUCUCGGUGAGCGUAGUGACUGGUAUCAUCGGUACCCUAGUGGAAUCGCUCUUCCACUUCUUCUUCGCUGUCACAGCUCUAUACUAUCUCCUGCAGUCUGAACAAGGAGGUCUCCAUGACUACAUGGCUACAGUGUUACAAGUUAUCGAUCCCUCUUUCUACCUCUAUAAUAUCCUCCGUAGAGCCCUAAAGGCUAUACUUUAUAGCGCUAUUAAAAUGUCCAUAUUCCACGCAGUUUACACAUGGCUUGUCUUCUCGGUAUUCGAUUGCCCGGUGGCCUAUAUCCCGGCCUGUGUCGCCUUCGUUAUCGGUCUACUUCCGGUCAUAUCCCCUUGCUCAGUCUCCUUCCUCAUCGUACCAUACAUCUUCCUCUCCUAUGAUAGAGGUAUGGCGCAGGUUUGUGGUGCCAUAGCGGCGAUAUUGAACUUCCUCGUGUGGUGGUAUGUCGGUCCGGCUAUUUAUUCGGAAAUACCAGAUGCCAACCCGUGGAUGUCUGCGGUGGCUGUCGGCCUUGGAGUCAGCUGGUUCGGCGCCCGUGGUGUGAUUCUAGGUCCAGCCAUCGCUACUGUGCCAUUUACUCUCUAUACAGUAGCUUCAGAAUGGCAUGCUGGCAAAUGCGGCUCACCCGGACCUAACCGUAGUCAUACCACAACAAGUUUACUAUCUCCUAAAUCGGAGUAUAGGGAGGCUUACGUUGAUGAAGACGGCCGAAUGUCCUCUGUGCCAAGUGGCCUGUUUGAGCACCUUUUGAGACAAGCCAAAGCAUCAUUUGAUAGGGAGUUUGGUGGUCAGCAACAACAACAACAACAGGUGAAGACUGAGUAG